AUGGGUGCGCGAGUGAACACGGAGCCCACUGAACGGCCUGGAUUGCAUCAGGCUCAGGAACCUCUUCAGGACUCGAUCUCAGCCGUCAGAUCUCAGGCAACGGCUGCGAUUUCGUCUCUACGACCGGCUUUACGAGCUGUGAGGAGGAUAUGGAGGAGCAAGGAGGCAGGGGGGAGGAAGGAAGGGGAGGGAUGUGGAGUUGGGGGAGAGGAGGGGGAGGAAGAUGAGGGGUUGGAGGGAGGUGAUGUAGUUCUGAAGCCCAUGAGUGCAGCAAUGACCAACACGGUAUACGAGUGUGUGUGGGUGCCUAACAGGAAGAACGGUCCGGGAGGGAGCAAGGCCAAGGAUUCAAAGGAGGAGGAGGAGAAAGACUAUUGUGGAGAGAAGCGGGUGUUGGUGCGCCUGUAUGGGCCAGCAACAACGAUGCUGUUCCAGAGGGAGCACGAGGAGGCAGUCACCCGAGCCAUGUCUGAACUAGGCUUGGGUCCGAAGAUGCUGGCCUCGUUCGGCACUGGCCGGGUGGAGCAGUUUCUGGAAGCCAAGCCGUUGACAGCAGAGGAGAUGAGGCAACCGGAGACAUCCCGGCAGAUCGCGCGGUGCAUGCGACGCUUCCACUCGCUGCAACUUCCAGACACCACGCCUGGGGAGGUCGCCUCCUGCCUGUGGUCCCGCCUUCGCCGCUGGCUGUCCCUGGCGCAGCUGCUGCACCCCUGGGGCGUUCAUGGGGCAAACCCACGGCAGCUGGGGGAGAAGAUUCACAGGCUGGAAGCAGCAGCACAUAGGCGGUGGGGGGAGGGGCGUGAGGGGGAAGGGAGUGGGCGGUGGGUGGGGCUGUGUCACAUGGAUGUGCAACACGGGAACAUACUGCAGGAGAGAGGCACGGGGCGGAUCGUACUCAUUGACUACGAGUACAGUGGCUAUGCGCACGUGGCGUGCGACAUUGCCAACCACUUCUGUGAAAUGGCCGCUGACUAUGACCGCCCCCUCCCACACCUCCUCGACUACUCCAAGUACCCCUCUGAGGAUGAGCAACAAUGGUUCAUCGAUUGCUACCUUGAUGCCAAGCCAACCGCUCCUGCCGAUGCAUGUUCGAGCGUCAGUGAACGCAGCACCAGUCGAAGCGGUGUCCCCCUUACAAGCAGCCUUUGUGUCGAUGAUGCUGAGGAGCUAGUGCAAGCGGUGGAUGUUUUUCUUCCAGUAUGCCAUCUACAUUGGUUCCUGUGGGGCAUUAUUUCAGCUGCAGUAUCAGAUGCAGAGUUUGACUAUAUGUCAUAUGCACAGCAACGAUUGCCCGACAUGGCUUCCGUCAGCUAUGUUGCUGCUCGUGGGAUUUCCACCCUUCCCCGCGCGGAAGGUGUGGAGGCCUUCAAGGCCAAGGAGCAGGUUCACCUCAAGGAAAGCUCAUUGCUUGGGGAGAAGCUCAAUGUCGCUCCUCGUCAGGCCGUUCCUGUCGCGAAGACUGUCGCUCCUGUCUCAGCUUCCCUGUCAUCUGGCCCUCCUAGGAGCCACAAGCUCCGAGCUAGCAGCGCUGCCGCUCUCGAGCAAUUGAGGGUCGCAAACACAAACAGGUACACGAGCGAGAAGAGCAGCAUCAUUGUCGUCGGUCUGAGCGUCCACACCGCUCCCGUCUCGAUGCGUGAGAAGCUCGCCGUCCCUGAAGCCGAGUGGCCACGCGCCAUCACAGAGCUCUGCGAGUACCCCCACAUUGAGGAGGCCGGUGUUCUGAGCACAUGCAACCGCAUGGAAAUCUACGUCGUGGCCCUUUCCUGGCACAGGGGAAUUCGUGAGGUUACCGAGUGGAUGUCAAAGUCGAGCGGUGUUCCCGUCGAGGAGCUCCGCCCGCAUCUCUUCCUGCUCCGUCAGAGGGACGCCACGCAGCACCUGCUUCGCGUCUCUUCCGGCCUUGACUCUCUGGUGCUCGGGGAGGGUCAGAUCCUCGCGCAGGUAAAGCAGGUCUUCAAGGUUGGCCAGGGUGCCGAGGGCUUCGGACGCAAUCUCAACGGCCUCUUCAAGCAGGCGAUCGAGGCUGGCAAGCGUGUGCGUACCGAGACCAGCAUCGCGUCGGGUGCUGUGUCCGUCAGCUCUGCUGCCGUUGAGCUCGCCGCGAUGAAGCUCCCGGAAGCUGGCCUGAAGGAAGCUCGCGUCAUGAUCGUUGGCGCUGGAAAGAUGUCUCGUCUCCUGGUGAAGCAUCUGCUCUCCAAGGGUUGCAACACCAUGACCGUUGUGAACAGGUCCCUAGGCAGCGUAGAGCAGCUGCAGUCUGAAUUUCCCGACGCCACGCUUCUCUACAGGCCUCUUCCUGAGAUGAUGCAAGCAGCGGCUGAGGCUGAGGUGGUCUUCACCAGCACAGCUUCGGAGACUCUUCUCUUCGACCAGUCCAAUGUCCAGGAUCUUCCUCCUGCUGGCGAUCUCACUGACGGCGUCAGGCACUUCAUCGAUAUCUCCGUCCCUCGCAAUGUUGGUUCCUGCGUGGCAAACGUUCAGCAGACCAGAGUUUACAACGUUGAUGACCUCAAGGAGGUGGUUGCAGCCAACAAGGAGGAGCGGAGAAAGAAGGCUCUGGAAGCUCAGGCUAUCAUUGAGGAGGAGCUUCAGGCCUUCGACGCGUGGAGGGAUUCCCUGGAGACUGUUCCGACCAUCAAGAAGCUCCGACAGAAAAUUGAGGGAAUUCGACAGGCUGAGCUGGACAGAAUUUUGGCGAAGAUGGGCGAGGAGCCGACCAAGAAGCAGAAGAAGCUGAUUGAGGAGCUGAGCAAGGGUAUUGUGAACAAGAUUCUCCAUGGACCCAUGACCCACCUCAGGAGUGAUGGCAGUGACGCGAGGACAGUGAGUGAGACGUUGGAGAACAUGUAUGCCUUGGAGCGGAUGUUCGACCUGGCUGCUGAGGAAGCCAGCGGCCGGCGAUGA